GGCAAGCAGCGCAAGGCAGCAUGUGCCGUGGGCGACGCUCUAGGGUAGGGGUGCUAAGUGAGGCAGAGAGAAGCAACAGUGCUGAAGCCAGAACGAGAACGCAUUAGAAUGAUAAAAAGAUACUUUUCCCCCUCAGUUCCAGCACUUACAGCUUGGAAACGCCUUGGAAGCAACGGUUACCAUAGCAACUAAUAACGAAAGGGAGGAGCGUUGCUUCGGAUCUGCGUCACCGCUACUACUGCUCGACUAGAAACUUGUCCACGACAGUGUAACGACUUCCGGCGGAAGGAGAUACCGGUUCCUAGUUCUUACAGAUUUCGCAUAAUCUUCUCUCGGUGAGGUUUGACGUGCACAAACUGCAUACAAACCAAGAAGGUUUGUAUCUUGUUCAGAGCAUAAUGGCAUGUGAAGAGUUACCUAGAAAGGACUGGUACAGUAUUCUGGGGGCAGACCCAUCUGCAAGUAUAUCAGACCUGAAACAAAAGUAUCAAAAGCUCAUAUUAAUGUAUCAUCCAGAUAAACAAAGAACAGAUGUGCCAGCAGGAACAGUGGAGGAAUGUAUACAGAAGUUCAUUGAAAUUGAUCAGGCAUGGAAAAUUCUAGGGAAUGAAGAGACAAAAAAAGAGUAUGACCUGCAGCGGCAUGAAGAUGACCUAAGUAACAUGGGGCCAGUGGAUGCUCAAAUACAUCUUGAAGAAAUGUCUUGGAAUGAAGAGGGGGAAAGAAACAGAGACAGACACCAUAGAACUGCUUCACCAUUUAUAGAGUGUCUCCUGCUGCUGAUACCACUGUAUUGCCAUGAGGUACCAAUGGUUGAACCUGGAUCUUCAUGUUGGACUAAGUCAUGCAACUUACCCCACCAGCCACCUCAUCUCCCAGGGACCUAGUAGAGAAUCCUGGGAUUCCCACAUAGUCAUGAUGGGCCUAGACCUCCAACAGAUCCCUCUCUCCACUGUCAUUGGUCAUCUCCGUCAGGAACAACAUAAUGGGCCCCUUUAUGGGCCCCUACAGGACGUUGCCUUCAGUGUUGAUCAAGAAUGGUAAGGAAUGCCCCAUUCUCUGAAGGGAGGUUGGGCCAACAUACUCUACCACUCAAGGAAGAUGAGUCCAGCAAUGAGUGCAGCCUAGAAUGCUUGCUCCUAGCUAUGACCACAGAAUGUGAGCUCAGACCUACAAGGAUGCAGAGGUUUCACAGGUUCUUGCUCUAAAUAUGAGCCUCAAAUCAAUGGGGUUUACAGUUAACAGUAUUUAUAUACUUCUCUCAUAUUUGGGAGCUACUCUCUUCUCUGACCCAGUUUUUUAGUCCUAUUUCCAACUCUGAUACUAUCUCACCAGACAAUGCCUUUGGUCCACCUGCAAGUUAACUAUCAGGCUCAGGCAAGAAUUAGUAAAGACAUGGGCCCUUUGGAAUAUACCUAAAAUAGACCUACGAGCUUUUUAAGACCUCAAAUCUUCAUCUGUAAUAUUCUUGCCUUUAGGUUCCUGAUUAUUUAACAAUUCUUUAUAUCU